AUGAUGUUGCAGAUGAUCAUCGUGGUAUUUUUCUCUACUUGGGCGACGUCUUUCCCAUUCCCUCGCAACACUUUGGAGCACACCCGAAAAGUGUCAAAAGUUGACUUUGAGUCAUCCGGUGCUGGACCCGGCGAGCCUGUCCGUGGCCUAGUGAGGGUGCUCCAGCUGGACCCACGCACUCUGACCCGAUCCAGGCUUUUUGGAAGGACAGGCCAGACCCGGAGCGCCAGACCGCCCUUCCCCGCCUUCCUGUCCCACGGGCGGCCCGGACCGGCCCUCAAGGCUGCUGAGAGCCCGCUGCGCCACCUUCAGCCUGAAAGACCAGUUGAGACGGAGCACAAGAAGAGACAAGGCCUGCACAUGUGGCAGAGGGCCGUCGAUAAAGGAGACAAGAUGCCCGUGUCUUUGCCCGCCAAUCUUAAGGAUGCCAAACAGACGUGCGCUGCUGUUCAUUUCAUCCAGCGAGUGACAGCAGAGGGCUGCAGCACAGUGAGCAUCCACAAUAAGCUGUGUUUCGGCCAGUGCAGCUCCCUGUUCGUCCCAGUCGAGGUGGACCCGGCCAGCAAGGGGUUCCGCCAGCGCGCUCCCUGCUCCCGAUGUGGCCCUUCCAAGGCCCGCGCCGUCACUGUGCCCCUGCAGUGCGGCGCUGAGGUCCGCCAGCGGCGAGUGAUGCUGGUGGAGGAGUGCAAGUGCGAGACGGGCCGUGAGGAGAAGAACCCAGAGGAGCCUUCACCACAUUUGUGAGUGCUUUACAGCAGAAUUGAGGAGAUGGUGCAAUUUGGAGUCAUCAUUAUUCUCAAUGUCAUCUCACCUCCAUUAUACGG